CGCUUUUCUGGUGAAUUUCAGUGCAAAAUCACUCUGGCGGCCAAAUGUCAGAGAGGUUUGGGACGGAAGAUAUCUACCAAAUAAACUGUGAAUGCAGCAUUUGCAGCUAUCGUCACUUCCUGAAAACCGUUUUCCUGUCAGACAUGGCGGCGACCUUGUGUGCAAAAUUACUACCGAAACAGGGAUGGCUUCCCCUCACACAGAGUGUCCGGCACGGCUCCAAGGCUGUGACUCGCCACAAGAAGCCCAUGCACAUCCUGAAACAGAAGCUCCUGGCUGUCACUCAGUACAUCCCUCCUACACGGGUGGUUCCUCCAGGAGCCUAUCCAUCAGACACCAACAAAGGCCCAAUAAAGGAGAGCGAUUUGGUUUUACUCAUGAAGAAGGAUUUGAAGAACGUGUUCCAGGACUGUAAGAUGGUCGCUGUGGUUCAGAACAACGCCAGCAGCGCUGAGGACAUGAUGAUCCUGAAGCACAGACUUCAUAAACAUAACAUCACCGUCAAGUUCUUCCCCAACCAGGUGAUGCGGUCGUUCCUGCUGGAGAGUGUUUACUCCAACAUGGCUCCUCUGUUCAUCGGUCCAACGGUUCUGUUCGUGUGUAAAGAGGCGAAGGCGAAGGAGAUGCUGUCGACUUUGAGAUCCAGCCCACAGAUGACGCUCCUCGGCGCCUGCAUAGACAACACGCUGCUGAGCGCUCAGGGCGUGGUGAGCUACUCCAAACUGCCGUCGGUGUCCGUCGUCAGGGGCGAGCUGGUGAGCGGGCUGACGAUGCUGACCUCGCGCACGGCCGCCAUGCUGCAGCGACACCCGGCUCAUCUGUCGGCGCUGCUGCAGCAGUACGUCAAACAGCAGAGCGCCGAGGAGGCUCCUAAAGCCGAGGAGGCCACGUAGAGCUUCAGAAGAACUCACUGGGACUUGUUACCUCGCUGAUUAGCAGCCGCCUGGGAAAGAUGCGGGACCGUGGGAGUUUGCACACUUGAAAAUUUAUUUCAGCACCAAAAUUCACCCGGAGGUUCAGCUUUUUAGGAUUGGAGAAAGUUGUUGAGUGGAGCAGUUUAAUUGGCACUAAAUUCCUCUGAAUCUAACCAGUGUGCCUGUAGAAGCGCCGCGGCUCUUGUUGAACGAAGGAGUCUGGACUGGUUUCAGUGCACCUCAGCCUCUCGGUGGAAGUUUUGAACGGACUGUGCUGUAAAAACAUCAGCGAUUCCUUUAUUUAAGGUUAUUGUCAUACAUAAAUAAAUCAUGUCAACACACAAA